AUGCCUACAUGCAUAGGUGUCGUCGAUAUCUCGGCCUUCAUUCUACUCAUUUGCAUCAUAGCGCGUUUGAAUUCAAGUCGAGCGCGAGGAUACCUACCGCCAGGUCCACCCGGGUGGCCUCUGAUCGGGAAUGCGCUCGACGUGCCAAAGACGGGUGCGUGGAAGACCUUCGCGAAAUGGAGUGAUGAAUGGGGAGACAUCAUGACGCUUAAUUUGCUCGGACAGACUGUACUAGUUCUGAACUCCUCGAACGUUGCCUUUGAGCUCCUCGACAAGAAAAGUGCAAUUUACUCGGACAGACCGAGACAACCAGUGAUCACCGAGAUAAUGGGGUGGGAACGCACCAUCGGCCUGCGUCGUUAUAGUCCGACAUUGAAAGCACUUCGCAAGCUUGUCGCUCAGAAGAUCGGCACCCGUACCGCUCUGCAGGAUUUGUCAAUCCACCUUGAACGCGAAGCUCUCAGCUUCCUAUGGCGUAUUAUGUCUGAUCCCAAGACAUUGGCAAAACAAGUAGAUCGAUACACCACUGCUUCAAUUCUGCGCAUCACAUAUGGUUAUGGCAUCAAAGAAGACAACGAUGAGCUAGUCAAUGUCGUCAAGCGUGCCAUGGAUACUUUUUCCAUUGCCGCUGCACCGGGAGCUUACUUGGCGGAUAUCUUUCCAAUAAUGACAAGAAUCCCCGCUUGGUUCCCUGGUGCAGGAUGGAAGAGACAAGCACAAACGUGGAGCACAUACUUCACAAUGAUGCGUGAACUGCCGCUCAAGUACUCCAAGGAACAGUUGCAAGCCGGCACAUUGGAACCUUGCUUCGUGUCCGAAUAUCUAGACGGCAAUGACAAUCUAGAGCGCGAAAACUUGAUCGCUGACGCCGCUACCUCGCUAUAUGCCGCCGGUGCUGAUACGUCAGUGGGUGCAAUACUCGCCUUUUUCUUGGCUAUGAUGUGCUAUCCCGAGAAACAAAAGAAAGCUCAGGACGAGAUCGACAGCAUCAUCGGAAACGAUAAGCUUCCCAGUGUGGCUGAUCUAGACCGACUACCUUACGUGAAAGCACUAUGUUGGGAGGUGUUGCGAUGGCAUGCCAUUGCUCCUUUAGACUCACAGAAGAUGAUGUAUGUGCGGGCUAUUUUGUCCCCAAGGGUUACGAUCGUUUUUGCCAACAUUUGGGCUAUACUCCGCGAUCGUCGUCUAUACUCAAAUCCUGAAGAAUUUAAUCCAGACAGAUUUGUACCUUCUGAUGGUUACGAGCCGGAAUAUGACCCUCGUCAGAUAUGUUUCGGGUUUGGUAGACGUAAAUGUCCGGGCAUGCAGUUGGCUCAGAUGUCACUGUCCCUGGUUGUGGCCACGACCCUAUCUGUCUUCAACAUUUCGAAGCCAAGCGUCAAUGGCAAGGUUGUAGAGCCCUUGGUGCAGUUCACUGCGAACCCGAUCAGCCAUCCGCUCCCUUUCGAAUGCGAUAUCCUGCCGCGAUCAGACAAGGCUAUGGCUCUGCUGUCUUCAGCGUUCGGUAGUCCUGUCUAA